GCUUGAUAGGCACGGUACAUAUAGAAGCAAGAAACUUACUUUGUUCCCGCCAUUGUUGAGAUAUAGCAACUGAGGUUGAUGGUUGGCAAACAAAGCUCUUGAUUCUCGUUAAGAAAGCUCUUGGCAAACAAAGGUCUUGGCAAACAAGCUGAAGAGUCUCUUAGCUCAUUAAGAAAAAUUUACCAGGAUGGUUAUCACUGAUGUUCAUGAUAUUGUGCUCCAUUUUAUGGGAAGAAAAGUAAGAGUGGCUAAGAGUUAUUGUCGCCUUCUUGAAUAUUUUAUCAAUUCUUCUUUGCUGUUGUCUCCAACCUCAGCAUCCCAGGCACAGCUGCUUGUGCAACCUGUUGCAGUUGGUCUGUCUAUUGGGUUGUUUCCUGUUCCUAAGGACCCUGAAGUGUUUGUUCGUAUGAUGCAGUCUCAGGUUCUGGAUGCGAUAGUUCCCAUCUGGAAUCACCCUUUGUUUCCAAAUUGUAAUCCAGUUUUUAUAACUUCUAUUAUUUCACUAAUCACUCAUGUAUAUUCUGGUGUUGCUGAUGUUAAACAAAAUCGUAGUGGGUUGUUAGGGAAUACAAACCAACGUUUGGUGGCUCCACCACCUGAUGAAGCUACCAUUGCUACCAUUGUUAAGAUGGGGUUCUCAAGAGCAAGAGCUGAGGAGGCAUUAAGAAGAAUGGAAACUAAUAGUGUCGAAAUGGCUAUGGAAUGGUUAAAUAGUCAUGCUGAAGAUCCUGUGCUGGAGGAUGAUGAAUUGGCUCGUGCACUUGCUUUAUCUCUAGGAAAUUCCUCAUAAGCAUCUAAAGUCGAUAACACUGAAAAAUCAGUGGAUGUUUUGGCAGAAGAGGAACAAAUUAAGACCCCUUCUGUUGAUGACAUCCUUGCUGCAACAAUGAAGUUGUUUCACAGUAGUGAUUCAAUGGCUUUCCAGUUGACAGAUUUGCUUGUGACUCUUUGCAAUAGGAACAAAGGAGAAGACCGUGAUCGGGUGAUUCCUUAUCUUGUAAAGCAGCUACAGCAAUGCCCCAUGGAAUUCUCAGAGGAUAAUAGUGCAUUGUGCAUGGUUUCACAUACUUUAGCAUUGAUUUUAUCUGGAGCUGAAAAUGCUCGACAAAUUGCUGUGCAGAGUGGCAUUGUCCCAUUGGCAAUUGAUAUCUUGAUGAACUUCAAAGCAAGGACUACUGCAGGAAAUGAGAUUUUGAGCCCGAAAUGUAUUAGUGCCUUACUUCUAAUCCUAGAUAAUUUGUUGCAAUCCAGGCCCAAAAUCUCUCGUGAAAGUACAGAAGAGACUGCAGCAGGACUAAUACCUGACUCAUCAGAGGAACAUGUUGCAUCUCCAGUUCUGGAAGAUGUUGCUGAGAAAAAAUCCACUCCUCUUUUGCAGGAUAAAGAAAGUAGCACCAUCUUUGAGAAAACAUUUGGAAAACCUACAGGCUUUUUGACGAUGGAAGAUUGUGGUAAUGUAUUGAUAAAACAGCAUGUACCAGCUUUGGUUAUGCAGGCCGUUCUUCAAUUAUGUGCUCGCUUGACAAAACAACAUGCUCUGCCAGAAAGAGCCGUUGCCUUCCAUUUUGUUCACUACUAACGUUCAGACCUUAAUGAAUGCAUUGGUCUCACUUACACCCCCUCAAGUUUC